CAAUGUGUCAUUCUUGAAAAAAAGUUCUGAACAGUUUUUACUGUCCAACGUGAAGGAAUACGUUUUGACUUAAUAUUGUUUUGUGUGUUUUGGUUUUUGACAGUGAUGUAUGUCAAAGAAUAAAUCACUGAGAUACAGUCCAUGUUUUUAAACUGGCAGACAUUAUUAUUAGCUCUUCCACGUGUUUGUGAUGGAUGAAGUUCAGAUAAUGUUUGCCAGUCGAGUUAAUCUUCAACAGUUCUGUUAUAUGCCCUUGAAACUUGCAUUUAGUACAUUUAGACUGUCUCUUUAUUUACUACUUAGUUUUUGUUAUGUUCUCUCUCUUUUCUCCUUUUUCCACACAUAUGUGCUUUCAGUAUGAAAUGUUGGGACUAAAGACACUAUAAUUCAUGGAAUCCAUAGCAUACGACCGGUUUAGCGGAUCUGAGGCAGAAAUUAAUCAUACUGGUCCAAAAAUAUUUCAUGCACCAGGUAGACAGAACAGAAAGAUGUACAUAAUGUAUGGCAUUCUCGUCCUGUAUUUGUUUAUACUGACACUGGUUGUUGGAAUUAAAAUCUCUCAGGUCAGCCAAGAGAUAGAUGAUGUUACGCUUUCUCUGAAAACCAUUGGGGCUUCCAUUGAAGGGGCCCCUAAACUGCAAUUUGAAAAUGUUCAUUUUUCUGAGCGUACAAUGCCUGUGCAAGGUUUGUGUGAGAAUGACUGGUUGUUCUAUAAAGGCUCGUGCUACUUUGUGUCUACCAGGGCAAAAACCUGGCAAAACGCUGAAGACAACUGUGUCCAGAAAAAAACACACUUGGUUGUUGUUAAUGACUUGGAUGAGCUUGAAUUCCUGUCUUCAAUCUUGAAGUCGCCUGACAGCUACUGGAUAGGACUUAUUGAGAAAAAAGAGGGACAGUGGUCCUGGGUAGAUGGAACAGACUUUGCCACUACUGAACACCUCUGGGACGUUGGUCAACCAGAUAACUGGGAUGUCCGUGUGAAUGGUGAGGAUUGUGGGCAGCUUCACGGACGGAAGCGUACAGACAACCGGAGAAUGUGGAAUGAUGCAGACUGCACACUCUUUUACCCUUUCAUCUGUGAGGGCAAACCAAAGAGCCAUUGACAAACAAAAUGAACCUUUAAUACAAUUUAAUUUUAUAAUUUCUAACAUGAAUUUAAGAAACUACUUUCCAUGCAGGCUGUCUGAAAUAUGCUUUGUUUGUAUAAUGAGAGCUGAUAUUUAGAGUCAAUAAUGGUAAAUGUAAAUGGCAUUAACCUGCUUGAAGACCCCAUGAAAUUAGAGUUCUAGAGUUUUGUGGCUUGUAAUGCAUGUGUGUUAGCUCUUAAGCCAUCUUUAUUCUAGUGCAGGCCUACUAUUAAAGGUAUACACAUUUAAAAUGAACAGUUUUAUCUCCUUGGAAAACGGACCAAACAUUUUGAUGACUCAUGUAUCACCCCACAGAUUUUUGUCCAAUCAAAUUCUCUCUAGAAUGAGAAUGUCUCUCCCCCUGCAACUGACCAGCAAAUACCCUAUCAUGGUUCAUGGCUUUGUGACAUAAUAGACCUUAUUCAAGCUAGCAUCAUCUUUGAUUUUUAAUGGGAAUGACAAAGAGGCUGUGAGGGAUAAACUUACCAUCUCUUCAAUGGCACGGAUGCUAUAAAGUUGUUUAAAGCUACUAGAUCACAUCUGGUUUUCCACAACUCAUGUUGUCUGGAGUUCUUUGUAUAGUGAAUGUCAUUUGACAGAUAUUUUAUUAAUGUUUUAUCUGCAGAACAAUCCAAAAACUAUUCAAACUUCAAUACAGACCAUUGAAGAGACAAUUUUCCACUGCAUGUUACAGUUCGACUCGCCUCAAUUCUACUCACUCUACAUUUCUGAGCUUGCAUUUCCACUGCAGUUUAGUGCCACCUCAACAUGGGUGGGAUUAUAGGAUGAUCGUUAUAGUUCAGCUGCCUCUACUGCCGUGACAUCAUCUUAAACACAACACAAACUGACCAAAACAACAACACAACCACUAGCUGUUAGCUACUAGCUCAUUGUGCUGCAUAAAGCAGUUGUUGCAUGGUGAUUUUACACAAGUGUAACAGUUGAAUUGGCCUGGUUGUUUUAGAAGCAAGCUUCCAGUAGCUGGUCAACUAAAUAAAGUGAAGCUUUCAAGCAGAAUAUAGAGUUAACGUAACAAAAUAUACCAUCCUCCAUCGUGGAUCAACGCACUCCAGGGCGCUCUCCCUCCCAUUGCUCGCCGGUUUAGAUAGCGUCCAUUUGGUCGAACCACUUCCACUUUUCCUGGAUGAUUCUGAAGUUUUUAAUUUUUUUUUAACUUUUCCCUACACUGUUGGUAGGUCUGGUGUUAGUCGUGUGAGACACUUCCUGAAAUAAUUAUUUGCCUCGCUCAUCGCUAAUGCAUGUACCUUCUGCACCUUCUGCACCUUGACCAUGGCGUGGUUUUGCGCACAGCCAUUUCUUUUUUCACAAUUCAAAAGUCACGUGAACAAAUGAUACUGUUACCGCUGUUGCUAUGUUUAAAACUUGCGGGUUGAUGUCACGUGUCGGAAAUCCAGUGACGCUGGUAGUGACGAUUCUCCCUGACCAAUCGGUGAUCUGCAUGAUUUUUAAGUCACAUUUAGUAUCGGCUUGGCUCGCUUGGAAUCUCGAUCGAGGUGGUAAUAAAAAAAGUAUCAGGUACCAGGUACUAUCCACAGUGGAAAACCCCCCAAAAAGCGAGCAGAGUCGAGUUGAGUCUAGUUGUACCGUGCAUUGGAAAAGCCCCAUAAGUGUAUCCCUCACAGCCUUGUUGUAAUUCCCAUUAAAAA